GUGGUUUGACGUACACUCCCUGCAAUGAUGCUUCUAGUUUGAGGUUUUCCUCUUGACUUAAACACUGCUGUCCUACCAAAAUGGCAGGCGUUGAUGCUUUACGUCCUCCGAGGGCCCCACCUGACCAGGAACGGAUGCAGACUGAGGCCUUAGAAGAGCAUACAGAACUCUGGUGGUCUAGACAGCCAGUUAAAUCAAUCCUGUGCUACUGCUUGGCUGUCCUCCUUAUACUGGCAUGUGGCAUCGGUGGCAUCGUCCUGUUAUCCACCACCACCAGCCCAUCCGGAGAAUGGAGGCUUGCCGUGGGGGCAACCUUGUGCAUCCUCUCUCUUUUUGUUUUGCUGAAGCAACUUCUGAGCUCUGCGGUCCAGGACAUGCAGUGUGUAACCAGAAGAAAUCACAUUGACAUGCUUAGGAGCGGCGGUCUAUCGGACAUCAUCGUGUUCUUUGUAAGUGCCAUCAUCAUCCUCGUGUGCGGUGUGGUCCUUCUCGUGCUUUCCGUUACUGGAGAAACUCCGGGAUUCCCUCCCGUUCUGGUCACCAUGCACACAGUAGGGGUCUCCCUCGUGGUCAUGGGGGCCAUCAUCUUUGUUGCUGUUUUGACAUUUUCGCUUGCGGUUCUGUGUAGGUCUUAUGUUCCCAGCCGCUUCCAUCCCUGGAACAUGAGUGUCUUCUCCAUCUCCGGGCAGAUGAAUCAGCGGCAGAACACGGCCUCAAGUUUGGCCAACCUCAUCUAAGCCAUCGUUAACUUUACCAGAGGGGAAUUCAUCUUUAUGUGUCUUCAUGACGUCUGUGGAUCUGAGCCAACUUGACACAAUGGUGCUUUUUUCAGGAGAGCUGGAUGUAGACUUCAAUCUCGAAUAUGAUCUCAUUUUCGGUCAUUUAGUUGAAAUCAAUUAAAGAUCAAUAUGGUAAAUGCCAAACUCAACGUUGGAGGAGUGAACCUCUAUGAGAAAC